AAAUGCGACGAGUUCCCGCAAAUACAGGUUCCAGAAUGUCACGGCUUUAUUUAACCAAGUGGUCACUGGUGAACGGCUAACAUCUCGAGGCUCCCGGAUGAUUAUCAGCCUUGCAAUGCUCUCGAGUCUCAGUACAUCCCGCCAUUCCCCAAAGCGAGCAGAGAGCUGCUGGUCCAGAAUUACUUUACACCCAACAGUAGGCAUCAAGCCAGCGCAUACAAAGCUAACCGCGGCUGCCUGAUCAGCGGCGACGGAUACGCAGAGAGCCCUCGAAAUUAAUCUCUCUCAGGAACCAUUCGUUCCAUGUAAAUUAGUUGGAAGACAUUAGCCUGUCGGCGAGUGACAUGAGCUUCUAUACUGGGACCAUGGCGGAGGCUUUGGCUACGCUGCACUGGAAUAGUAGGAUGGACGGGAAUGACGUUGAGUUCGUGUUGGCGCCUCCGGAUAGACAACAGCGGGAAGAUAUUAUGGCAAAUAAUCUGGGUGAGCAUACUAUGUGGAUGUUUGAUUUUGGCUUGUACAGGAUAUUCCAAAAGAUGAGGAGGGUGGGCGGAAGGAUGUUAGGGCAUACUGGCGUUAUGAUCCGUUUUACCCUCGUCCGGGAAAGAGGCCGUGGGAGGACUGCUGGAAUCAG